UCUCUCCUCACUACCUCUCUCUUCAUCCUUCUUACUCUCAAUCCUAAAAAAAACAACCAACAAUGUCUGUUGUCACCAAGGUCCACGCUCGCCAGGUCGACCUCUUCACCGAGAAGGGCCGCUUCCGCGCUGAGGUCCCCUCGGGUGCCUCGACCGGCGCCCACGAGGCCGUCGAGCUCCGUGACGGCGGCAAGGACUACGUUGGCAAGGGUGUCCUCAAGGCCGUCGAGAACGUCAACAAGGUUCUCGGCCCCGCCCUCGUCGAGUCCAAGCUCCCCGUCACCUCGCAGAAGGAGAUCGACGACCUCCUCAUCAAGCUUGACGGCACCCCCAACAAGGGCAAGCUCGGCGCCAACGCCAUCCUCGGUGUCUCGAUGGCCGUUACCGAGGCCGGUGCCGCCGACAAGGGCCUUCCCCUCUACGCCUACAUUGCCCAGCUUGCCGGCGUCCAGGAGCCCUUCAUCCUCCCCACCCCUGCCUUCAACGUCAUCAACGGUGGCUCGCACGCCGGCAACGCCCUUGCCUUCCAGGAGUUCAUGCUCCUCCCCACCGGCGCUUCGUCGUUCACCGAGGCGCUCAAGAUGGGUUCGGAGACUUACCACGCCCUCAAGAAGGUCAUUGUUAAGAAGUACGGCAUCGACGCCGUCAACGUCGGUGACGAGGGUGGCUUCGCCCCCAACGUCUCCGGCGCCGAGGAGUCGCUUGACCUCCUUACCGCCGCCAUUGAGGCUGCCGGCUACGCCGGCAAGGUCCAGAUUGGCCUCGACGUUGCCUCGUCCGAGUUCUACAAGGACGGCAAGUACGACCUUGACUUCAAGAACCCCAACUCGGACCCCUCCAAGUGGCUCUCGGGCGCCGAGCUCGCCGAGCUCUACCACCAGUACUCUGACAAGUACGACAUUUGCUCGAUCGAGGACCCCUUCCACGAGGACGACUUCGACGCCUGGGCUCACUACAUGACCACCGCCAAGAUCCAGAUUGUCGGCGACGACCUCCUUGUCACCAACCCCCUCCGUAUCAAGACUGCCAUUGAGAAGAAGGCUUGCAACGCCCUCCUUCUCAAGAUCAACCAGAUCGGUACCAUCUCGGAGUCCAUCCAGGCCGUUCAGCUCUCGCAGUCGGCCGGCUGGGGUGUCAUGACCUCGCACCGUUCGGGCGAGACCGAGUCCACCUUCAUUGCCGACCUUGCCGUUGGUCUCCGCACUGGUGAGAUCAAGACCGGUGCCCCCUGCCGCUCGGAGCGUGUUGCCAAGUACAACCAGCUUCUCCGCAUCGAGGAGGAGCUCGGCGACAAGGCCAUCUACGCCGGCCCCAAGGGUCUCUCGAAGGGCACCACCGCCCCCGCCCUCCACUCCGAGUAGAUGUAGAUAGUUGGCACCUCGUGUCGAGUGAAUGAGAUAUGAAGCUGUUAUCUGAUG